CGAAUCAGUAUUGAAGGAUCUCUAUUAUCUCAAGCCACCAAACUAGGAUCAAAUGAAGCCCUGAUGAAUUCUAGGAAGAAGGUUCCAUUGGAACCCAGCGGGCUGGAGAGCCAAUUUCAACAGUCAAUUGAGCCAGCCUACAGCAGCGACCAGGACGAAAAUCUUCAGGCUUCUGCUACAGAGCAGAUUGAUGCUGAUGAUGAAGAAGAGUCUGAACAGGGAGUGCAGCAAAACUCACUGCAGAAAUCAAAAGGGGGAAGAAAAAGACUAAAUAGUCAAGCUGCUGAAAAUGUUGAAAAACGGAGAAGUGUUAAUGUCAACAAGUGUGAAACACAGAGCUCCAAGGACCCUUCAGAUGAGGAGUCAACCCAGUUGAAUACUGAUCUUCCGUUUUCCCGCGCAGCUAGACAACCGCAGUUGCCUAGACAGUUCAGCACACCCCAGAGCAACUCGCUAAUCAUGAAUAUCCUGGGGGGAAGCACCUCUGUCAGAAACAUCUGGACUGACCAUCAGAUCAGACAGGCACUGUUUCCCAGCCGGCAACCACCUUAUGAGAAUGAAGACGAUGAAGACGAUUAUCAGAUGUUUGUACCAUCAGCAUCUACAUCCAAUGCUAGUUCAGCUGUGGGUGGGGAAAGGAGCGGUUCUUCUGGGCGGCCAUGCAGCUGGCACUUGGGGGUAGGGCAUCAAAAUGAGACUUCCAGCCCCACUCGUCACAAAAUUGUUAGGCGGGCCAGUAGUGCUGGUGAAAGUAACAUGUGUCCAGCCAGUGCAAGGUAUAAAAUCGGGGAGCAUGGUUCUCGAAGGGAAAUGAAGAGAGCAGAGGUGAGCAGUAUGAAUGCAUAUCCUGAAUCUUCAGAGGAACUGACCAUUGAUGAUAUUGAACAUGUUUAUGAUAAUAUAAGCUACGAAGACUUAAAGCUGAUGGGUCUGACAAGAAGGGAGGAGACAGACUGUGGUCCCCAGAGAUCUGCUAGGGACUCUCUCUAUGAGGCUGAAAGCAAAAGCAGCUUAGAUUCACCCUCCAAAAAGAGGGCAGCAAAUCAAAGCAGGGCCUCCAUUCGUGCGAGUAGGGAUGAGAUACUAUUGAGUAGAGAAGCACCUGCUUCAAGUUUGGAUGAGCUCAGGAUUGUUGAGGACAACAUCUAUGACACCAUAGUGCUUCCAGAAACACCACUAUUGAAUUUUAAAUGUGACCCCUUAAAAUGCUCUAAAAGGCAGAGUUUUCUGGGCCUGGAAAAAGACUUUGCCUGUUGUGACAAUCUACGGCAGUUUGUUUCUGAAGAGAGUCUCCAGUUCAGUGAAGAUGAAAGUCCUUACCAUCGUGUUCCUGUCGACAAUGACUAUUUGAGCUUAGUAGAUAGCUCCUCCAACUCGGAUUCACUCUCCCAUAAGUCUGCAGCAGAUAAACUCUCUGAGGAAGUAGAUGAGAUUUGGAAUGACCUGGAGAACUACAUCAAGAAAAAUGAGGAAAAGACAAGAGACCGUCUCCUUGCGGCCUUUCCUGUUUGUAAAGAUGACAUGCAGGAGAGGCUGCAUGCUGGUAGUACACCUGAACUGAGUAAAGACGUAGAUUACUCGCUGUCUACUCUCUCUCUGCCAGAAACUCCUAUUUUCCCUAAAACAGUGAAGCCCAGGGCUGCCACCUUAAGCGAGGCUAGUCUGAGGCUUGAAGACACUACACCACGCAAGAACUCUUUUAUGAGUCUGAACAGACCUUCCUUCUCCAGUGAGCUGCCUUUUGUAGAUAGCCCGUAUGAAUCUGCCAAUAGUGUUCUGUCCAGUGCGUAUGCAGAGGGCAUGGAAAAUGACUUGGCUGUUGCGGAUAAAACAAAGAACAGAGUUUUUAUGAUGGCAAGGCAGUACAGUCAAAAAAUUAAGAAGGCUAACCAGCUUUUGAAAGUUAAAAGUCCAGAGCAGGAACAGGUGGCUAGCAGACAACAGAAACUGAAACACAAAGAUCUUGCUGCUAUUCUGGAGGAGAAGAAACAAGGGGGUCCAGCUAUUGGUGCCAGAAUAGCUGAAUACUCCCAACUUUAUGACCAAAUCGUCUUUAGAGAAAGUUCACCUAAGAUCCAAAAGGAAGCCAAGGCCACUCCUCAGGAGCCAUCAGCUGGGAGGCUUUCCACGCCCAUGGCUGCAUCUCCUUCCCGUUCCCAGGCUGGCAGUGACUGCUCAAGAGCAGAAGAUUGGCUUUUGCAUUCUACAUACAGUAACGGCGAGCUGGCUGACUUCUCUCCAUGGUCUGAAUCCCAAGACCCAAAGUCUAAGAGCUUGUAUACAGAAGCUGGUACUAAAAGCAAUUCAAAGCAGUUGCCAUCAGCUGGCUCGGUGCCUUCCCUUCAGAUUUCUCACCGUUUGCAUGUCCCGGCGCAGAGGUGGAGCGCCAUUAUAAGCCAACCGAACAAAGAAAAUUUACAUCAAGAUCACAUCUACAACUCUCUUGGGAGAAGAGUAAGCAAUGUAAAACCACAGGCAUACAGCAGGUCACAGUCAUCUUCCUCAAUUGUGGUCAACAGGUCUGGAGAAUCGAUCGUAUACCCUAAUGAAAUGGACAAGAAAAAGCUCAAUUUGAAUAGGAACUUCCGAUUCAACAGCCACCAAACACUGGGUAUUGCUUCAGGAUGUACAGGGGCUGAUAUGAGAAAGCAGAUCCCUGAAAACUGUUCAGAUGUGAUUCUGCAGGAUUCUCAAAAAGUCCUGAGAGUGAACAGAGCCUCCGCUCUGACAGCACAGAUGGCCACUCAGAACUAUUUUUCUAAUUUCAAAGACACUGAAGAAGGAGAAGGGGAUGAUGAUGAUGACUAUGUUGAAAUAAAGUCUGAAGAUGAGGGAUCUGACUUGGAGACUUCUCAGAACCAAACAAGGAAAUCGGAUCCUAGACUGUGUAACGCAGACACUGCUCCUUCUGAAACGCUCUGCGGCAAAACUGUCUCUUGUACUCCCGCAAAGUCCACCAGCAGCAAACACGCCCUUACCCCCUAUCUGUCUGCAUAUAGUGAUUCAGAUAAACUGAAUGACUACCUGUGGAGAGUACCGUCUCCCAAUCAGCAGAAUAUUGUCCAAUCUUUAAGGGAAAAGUUUCAGUGUCUUAGUUCAAGUAGCUUUGCUUGA